UCCUGCUCUUUGCAGCUCACUGAAGUCCAGCAGGAUCUUCAAGAACACCACAGGCAGGUGGAAGCCUUCCUCCAGGCGGUGGACGGCCAGCCCGUGGAGGUGGGCCGACUCUCCCCUGGGAAACGCGCCGGCCAGGGCCACCAGGAGGCCCUGAGCCCCAGCUCCCCCCAGCUCCCAGAGGGCGGGAGCCCACAGGAGUCGGACUUCGAAGACGUGGUCACGGGAAGGCAGUCCGACUGGCUGCGGCCGGCCCAGUCCGACUGGGACGAGGGUGAGAUGCCACCAUUGUGGGACCCGGAGCCCCCGUUCUGGCAGGACGUCCUCACCUCGCAGCUUUGGCAGAUCUUUGCUGAUGUCCAGGAGAAGGCCGCUCAGCCCUGCCGCCGAGUGACCGAGCAGGCCCGGGGCCUGGACAGCAAGGGCCUAGAGCCACCUGACACGGAGACUGCAGCCAGCACUGACCCCGUGGGCAGCGGGCAGGAGGCGCUGGCUGGGGUGCAGGGCGCCUGCCUGUCCAGGUGCGCCAGGUGCGCCGUGCCCUCCCUCUGGCUGGCUCCCACCCGGGCCACGUCCCCUCUCAGCCCCCUGGAAGACUGCGGGGAAGAGGCGGCGCUGGCCGAGCUGGCCCAGGAGCCUGCUGCGGGAGCCUACCCCCUUCUGAAGCUCAUAUCCUGGGACCCCGCGGACUCUGGAGACUCCUGGAGGCGGCCGGACGCCCCGCCCCGGCAGAGCAGGCGCUUCGCGCUCCCGCACACGCUGCAGAGGAUGCGCCUGCUGCGCCACGGGGAGCCCGUGCUGGCCCUGGCGGUCAGCAGCUUCACGAGGCACGCCUUCACCUGCAGCAGGGGCGGCGUCAAGGUGUGGAGCCUGGUCGGCCAGGUGGCCGAGGACAGGUUCCCCGACAGCCACCUGCCCGUGCACAAGCAGGCCCCGGACGCCUACCUGUGCACCUGCCUGCUGUCCUCCAACAGCAGGACGCUGCUCACCGGAGGCCACAACCUGGGCAGCGUCUGCGUGUGGGACCUGGCCGCGCCCUCCCUGCGCGUGAAGGGGGAGCUGCCCUGUCAAGAGGCCGCCUGCCAGGCCCUGGCCGCCAAAGCGGAUGAGAGCUUGGUCUUCGCGGGCUUCACCGAUGGCUCUGUCAGGAUCUGGGACCUGCGGGCCCCCCACGUGGUCAGGGACAUUUUGGGCCAGCUGAACGGAGCCAAGAGCAUCGUGGUCAAAGACAACGACGUCUGGACGGGGGGCCUGGACGGCCAGCUGUGCCAGUGGGACCUGAGGACCCUGCGGGACCCCUCGGUGUUCCUGUUCAAGUCCCAGAUCAUGAGCCUGUCCCUCAGACCCCAGGAGGACUGGCUGCUGCUGGGCCUGGCCAACGGCCAGCACUGGCUACAGCACUGCACCCGCCACCAGUCACGCAGGGUGGGCGGCAAGGACAGCGCUAUCCUCGGACUCAAGUUCUCCCCCUACGGCCAGUGGUGGGUGAGCGUGGGGAUGGACAACCUGGUCAGCGUCCACAGCAUGCCCACGGGGGCCCUGGUGUUCCAGGUGCCCGAGCCCUCCUGUGUCCUGUGCUGUGACGUGUCUGCUGACAACCGGCUGGUCGUGGUGGGGUCUGGGACCCAGGCCUCGGUGUACCUCGUCACCUACUGAGGGCCUCGCGGUCCCCCGGCGCGGGCUCCUGUUCCCGUUUCUGUUCCCGUUUCUG